GCAACGGUGCUGGCGGUUGAGCGUCUGUGUUCGUCUUCUUGAACACCGUCAAGCAAAAACUCAAACAAGUAAUUUGGAAAACUUAUUGUGUUAAUAUUUCGAUUAAAACUAUUAGUUGAUCAGCGUAAAAAAAUGGCAGCGCGAGCACCGAAAGUCCAGAAAGUGAUGGUCCAACCGAUCAACUUGAUUUUCAGAUACCUUCAAACGAGAUCAAGAGUAGAUAUUUGGCUUUACGAGAACGUCAAUAUGCACAUGGAAGGACACAUUGUUGGAUUUGAUGAGUACAUGAACAUUGUUCUUGAUGAUGCCGAGGAGGUCUACGUCAAGACAAACGUCAGGAAACAAAUCGGUCGGGUGCUGUUGAAAGGAGACAAUAUAACCCUCAUCCAGAAUGCUGCGGGCAGUGUAGAUGAUUAAUUAUCCUGCAUCAUGUGGCGAGAAUUCAUUCCCAUAUGUUUUCUAACGUUUAUUUCAUCAAUUAUCUGAAAUCCUUGAUUUGUGUACAUCUUGUCUUGAUGUGCUGACCGAGAAAAAUAACACUACAAACAUG